AUGGAAUCGAAAGGGCCAAAUACCCCUGACGCUGAAUCUAUUGGUUUAAAACCCACGGCAGCCCCUGAAUCCGCUUACUCGACAUUCAGCAGCAGGCAAAAGGCAUGGAUCGUCUUCCUCGUCGCCCUGGCCGGCAUGUUCUCCCCCAUGAGUAGCUUCGUCUUCUACCCCGCCAUCGACGCCAUCUCCAAAGACCUCCAUGUUACUGUUGGCCUUGUCAAUUUAGCCGUAACUACCUACAUGAUUGUCUCGGGCAUUGUUCCCACCUUGAUGGGGAGCGCCGCCGACUCCUUCGGAAGGCGGCCGAUAUACGCACUCGCCCUGUCCGUGUACUUGGUAGCCAACCUCGGCCUGGCGUUGCAAGAUACAUAUGUCGGCCUCUUACUCCUGCGCAUGCUUCAGAGCGCUGGCAGUUCCGGCACUAUAUCUCUUGGGUACGAGGUCCUCUCCGACAUCACUACUCGCGCUGAAAGGGGUUCCUAUGUCAGCAUCUUCCUUAUAGGGCCCAACGUCGCUCCUCCUGUUGGUCCCGUUUUGGGGGGUAUUCUCACAGCAAAGCUUGGAUGGAAAUGGAUAUUCUGGAUGCUCUGUAUCCUGGGGGGUUCUUGCUUGGGUUUAAUUUUGCUAGCACUCCCAGAAACCUCUCGUGUGAUUGUUGGCAACGGGAGCAUAGCGCCUAGCGGCAUCUACCUCACCCUCUUGUCCGUAAUUGCAAGGAAUAAAAGGGGCAAGAGUGGUGAAAGUCAAAAACAUGGACCCAAGUUCACUUUACCCAAUCCACUAGACUGCCUCAAACUUCUUCUUUUGAAGGAUGUGGCUGUGGUUCUAUCAUGUAAUGGAAUUUACUACACGAUAUAUUGCAGCAUCCAGGCGUCUCUUUCGACGCUGUUCAUUGAAAUAUACAACUAUGAAAGCCUGGGGGCAGGUCUCAUUUACAUACCGUUUGGUAUUGCCUGCCUCGCCGGCACCUUCAUAUGGGGCAAGGUUCUGGAUUCUGAAUUCGCUCGGCUUGCCAAAAAGCAUGGCAUGCCCCAGGGUGAGGUCCGCCGCAACGCCGGCUUUCCCAUUGAGGCGGCUAGACUGAGCAGUGCGUUAUAUCUUGCGGUUCUCAGCACAAUAGGGACAAUUGCUUAUGGAUGGUCUAUCCAUUAUCGAGUUCAUGUUUCCGUUCCCCUCGUUUUCCAAGCCAUUGUUGGCUUUUCGGUCACCGGUCUCUUUGCGCUUGGCACGCUUCUGACGGAUUUGAACACGAACAAAGCAUCUACCGCGUCUGCAUCCGCCAAUCUUGUUCGGUGCGCACUUGCAGCAAUCUCCCUUGCCAUCCUGCAGCCCCUCAUUGAUCGGAUUGGGGUUGUUGAGGGAAAUCAUUUUGACGGACAGAGCGCAGGGCCUGGUAUGAAAUUACCAACAAACCAGGCGUGCAAUGCCCGGCCAACCAGCGGCCAGUUAGCCACAAGCCAAAGGCAGCUGCAGGCCAUAGCUCGCGGCAGGCGGAGGGUGUCAUUUAAACGUCAACUGGUUUGGUCUAGUCAUUCUCGCCGGCUUUGCCUACAGGCUCUCGUAGAAGAGUCGUUCCAAAUGCAGGCCAAACCAGCCGACGUGUCUCUAGACACGAGGCAUUGGCUGCACUUUGUUGCUGGCGGGACGGGCGCGGUCGUAUCGACAACGGCUACUUUCCCUCUCGACGUCGUGAAAACGAGACUGCAAAGCGACUUGUAUCAUCAACCCAUCGGACGAGGCAGAAUAGUUACGGAAGCACCAAGUCUAGGGACCACUCAGUUGCUGAAAAACAUUUACAGGCGUGAGGGAUGUAGAACUCUGUUUAGAGGUCUUGCCCCCAACUUAUGGAGCUUUGUACCCGAGACCGCAAUCGGCUUCUACGCCUAUGGAAACACGAAACGUAUCCUUGCCGAAAUCUUCAACCACGGCCAUGAGUCGGCAACCGUCCACAUGUGUGCUGCAGCACUUUCUGGCAUCGCUACAGAAACCUGCACGAAUCCACUAUGGGUUGUCAAGACGCGGCUCCAGCUUGAUCGGGAGCGUUCAACGGGAUUAGGAAGAGUGUACAAAGGGUCGUGGGACUGUGCGAAACAGAUCCUCAGCUCCGAGGGUGUUCCUGGCUUAUACCGAGGGCUGACGUUGAGCUAUUUGGGUGUAUCCGAGUUUGUCUUGCAGUGGAUGCUUUAUGAGCGAAUGAAACUGGCCUGUGGUAUAUCUAAAGAGAUGGCAUCUCCUUCCAGCAGUUCCCCUUCAGAGUGGUUUGGAAUCCUUGGCGCCGCUGGCUUGUCCAAGCUCAUUGCCGCAACUAUUGCCUAUCCCCACGAAGUUGUGCGAACCCGCCUCAGACAACAGCCCCUGAGUGGCAAGCGUAGAUAUACGGGACCCAUCCAAACAUUUGAGCUCGUUCGAAAAGAACAGGGCCUCAUUGGUUUAUAUAGUGGGUUGCCUGCUCAUCUGUGGAGAGUCGUGCCAGGAGCAGCUAUUCUGUUUGGAACUUAUGAAACCAUUCUCACACUCUUCGGAGAUGGUGGCAGGGUUGAUUGGUCUCGGUCGCAGGAUAACCUCCAAGCACCCAGCGAUUCUUGCCCCUGA